AUCACCGUCAAGGACAAAAUAGUUACAUACAACUAUGAUCAUUCAGUUUUGUGCGAUAUUGCUUGGACUGUCUUCGUUGUACGCGAGAGAUGAAUUCACCUAUCAGCAGUACAUUGGCUGUGACUUCAACUUCCAGGGUCCCAUUGGGCACUUCUGGCGUUACGGAUACAACUCUAAAGACAUCAUGCAUGUGGAUCUGGGGAAAGAGGCAGUGGUCUCUACAAGUGAUGAGGGGAGUUUUAUGGCAAAAGAAAGGCAAGGUAAAGAUUACUUCAUAGGCAAGGAAAUUCGACUGAAGAAGAUAUGUUCUGCAGUGCAGACUGUCUUCUCACAGUCCAACAACUCUCUCUCCCGAGCAGCUAAACCCACCGUUAGAGUGUCUUUGAGAGAGAUGGAGGGACAGGAGUAUCUCGUGUGCGCUGUGCAGGGUUUCUACCCCAACACCAUUCGUGUGCGCUGGGUUUAUGGAGGACAAAUUGUGUACUUUGGCACCACAACCACCGGCCUUCUGCCUCACAGAGAUGGAACAUUCCAGAUGACCAGUUAUCUAACACUGGGGAACAAAACACGUCAGGAUAUUGUGUGUGAGACAGAACACAUCAGCAUUGAAGGAAAAUUACAGGCCACCCUUGAGGACGAGUAUUCAAACCUGGGAUUCUUAGUAGGAAUUGCCUUCAUGUCAUUCCUUAUGGCAUGUCUGAUACCACUGGGUGUUACAGCUAUUAUUGUCUGUAUGAAGAAGAACAGGACCCAGGGCUCAGUCAAUGACUCUUUGAGCCGGUCUAGUGAUUGUGAUAUUCCUGCCAGUGUGAGUCUGAUGAACCUGGAAGGGGCACAGAGCCCAGUCCAGUGAAUAAAUCUGUUGCAGUUCA